AUUCACAUGAUAAACUGAAGUCAAGGUGCACGCAGCCAUCUCCAGCUCUGACGGCGACGCCAUCGAUUCAUCUCUUCAGCCGCAUUAAUUUAAUGGCGAUAAGAAGCAGAAGCAGCUUCUUCCCCGCACCACCAAACCACACAUGGUCUGGAGAUUGAGCGGGCUCUGCCAACGCCAGUAGUAUAAAAUCCCAUCCCCAUUCUUGGGGGGCGGGGCAGAGUCGCGGAGGCAGGGGGAGGAAGGAGACCAAGAAACAGAGGAGCUUUCUUGGCCCUUGCCUAGCCUAGCUGCGGGGAAGGGAAGGAAGGGGGCCAUGGAGGUGGUGGCGGAGGCCGGCUCGCACGCGCAGCAGCCGUGGGACCAGUUCAAGGAGGAGGUGGAGAUCAUGGAGGAGGAACACCGCGGCGGCGCUGAUGCGGUGGAGGAGCUGCUGACCAGGGAGAUCCGGAGGAGGCUGGACCACUCCCACGGCAACGGCAACGACGCCCACCAUGCCAAUGGCGGAGAAGAAGAAGACCACAGCAGUGGCGGAGAAGAGGAAGAAGAAGACCACGCCAAUGGCGGAGAAGAAGAAGAGGGCGAUGCCAAUGGCGGAGAAGAAGAGGAGGAGGAGGACGAGAUCAAGGUGGCUCCCGAGGAGGAGCACAGGAGUAUCUUCUUGGAUGUAGCCAAAGUCCCUGAUAUCAUUACUGAAGUAACUGCCAGUUAUCAUGUCACGGGAACGGUGCGAUCUAGUGCUGAAAAGGAAGACACAAAUGGGACUUUGACUCCAAAAGGCAAAGGGCUUAUAGCACACGAGAAUGGAAAUGCUCAAGGAAUUAAUCAUGGUCCAAGCAAUGGCAAGUUAGAGAAUGGAUCACACUCAAAUGGUUUUGAUCAGGGCCCCAACGGCGCUAAACCUAAGAUAGAAUACAUGUUUGAAAUCAACAAGACUGAAAUUUACCCAACUGAAGUUGACAAGGACGGACGUGUCACCGCGGCUCAACCGCAGGUCGAAGAGUACGACCUCGAGAGGAUUUUGGAUCAGCAAGAAACUUAUGAACUCUUCUGUCCCAACUGCACCUCGUGCAUAACCCGGAGGGUCAUCCUGAAGAAGAGGAAAAGGACAGUAAGAACAACACCCACCGAUGAACAGUCAAAGAGACCGUAUAUCGAAGGACAGGUGCCUCCUGUUCCUUUACCUGAUAGGGUUGAGGAAGAAUCACCCGACGUAUUCAGAUGUUUGUCAUGCUUCUCGUUCUUCAUUCCAACAGGAUGCAGUUUUAACAUAUUCCGUAUAUUUCGGAGGAGGGAUGUGGACGGACAACCGGAUGUUCUUCCUCGUCCAGCAUCAGAUGACACGCCUCCCCGGUCUGAAAAUUGCACAAGCUGGCUUUUGUCUUGUUUUCAGCCAGGAGAUAACCCAAACCAACCUGCUCCUGCUGCAGAACCAGCGAUGGUGCCACUGCUGUCCGAUACACAGAGCUCCAACAAUACAACCACAAGAAAUGAAUCUAGCACAUCAUAUGUUCAUGUUAGUCAUGAGACAGUUUUGAAACCAGAGCAUGCGGCAGUUGAAUCACCUUCAAAGAACCAAGCUCCUGCAGAUUCACCAAGGAGUCCACCUUUGCCUCAUAUAGAGACACCCAGUGGUACAACCACAACGACAACUGAAACCAACGAAUCAUAUGGCCAGCAUAGUCGUGUCACAGAUGAGUUGACAGUCAAAUCAUCUUAUCAUACAACCACCACUACAGUCACAUCAGAAACAGAUACCACAUCUUCUACAACCAACACAGGAGCAUCAUCUGAAACAUCAUACUCUACAGGAACUGGUGGAAUGCCUCCCCUGAAUCCUGUCGGUGAUGCUAUCGUUGACGCAACUCAGCACAAGGAUGUUCACAGGACUGUGACGACGACCAUUGAGAAUGGCUUUUCCACCCAGCACAACUCAGGAGUCAAGGUCGAUGGCCCGAACGUGACAAAUAUCCCAAGGGACAAUAUACCAACGUUGCCGAAUCCUCAACCAGCAAACCCAGAUCAUGUUGUGGUAUCAGUCUUUGGAGAUGUGAUUCAGGUUGCUCCUAGACCCCAACAGAGGGAUGACUGGGAUAUACUGAAAGCCAUAGUGUAUGGAGGCUUAGUGGAGUCAAUCACCAGCCUCUCCGUUGUUUCGGCAGCCGCGUCAAGCGGCGCCAAAACAUUGGACAUAUUCAUCCUGGGCAUAGCCAACCUUAUUGGAGGACUUCCUCUUAUCUUCCACAAUAUCGCCGAUCUGAGAGACAUCCGGGACGUGGACGGGAACGACGAGCAGGUCGGCCACUACUGGCUGCAGCUCGGGAGGCGGUCCAAAGCCCGGCUACACAUGGUCAUGGCCCUGCUCUCAUACAUGGUGUUCGGGCUGCUCCCGCCGGUCCUCUACGGGCUGUCGUUCCGCGAGAGCAACGACCGGGAGAACAAGAUGAUGGCCGUCGCCGGUGCUUCGCUUGCCUGCAUCGCCCUGCUGGCGCUCGGAAAGGCGCGCGUCCACACCAGGACCUACUUAAAGACCCUCAUGUACUACCUUACCAUCGCUGUGAGCUCGUCGGGGCUGUCGUAUGUCGCCGGCGUGCUGAUCAUGCGGCUACUGGUGCACUAUGGAAUCAUCGAGGAAGGCGGCUCGGCUGCUCCUGCUCCUCCAGGGCUGUCGUUGCCGUUCGCUUAUGCUGCUGCUGGUGCAGAGUCGUCUGCAUGGGCCUCAUUCUGAGAAGUCUGAAGUUUCAGGCAGCACUGCUGGUAUAAAAAGAGAAGAGACGAGCGAGCUCAAGAGGAAGUGCCUGCAACUGCAUGAAGAAACACCUGAAGGCUUCUUUGAGUUGCUGCUAAGUGCUAGCUGUUGUGCUGUAGUUUUGUUGUGCAUUUGAAGCUCUGAUGCUUCUCAUGGUGAUCUUUGUCAGCAUGUUUGUGAGCAGGAAGAACAAUAAGUUCAGUGUUACAUACUACAAAAAAAAUAAUAUAUGCCAUGUUUUUGAAGAUUGUACUAA